CCACCAUGUUCUCGCAGAUAUAUCGCGGAGUCGACACACUCGACAGCGGUUUCCGAUGGUGGAAGGGUUAGAUGGACUGAUGGAGAGAGAUUUUUACGGAUAUGCGACGGCUUUGUUUUCAUCGGAUGAAAAAGAAUAAAAAUGGCGUCUAAUGGAUAGUAGUGGGACAAUCAAUCAGACGACGAAGUCUACCUGAGCCUGAGUGGCAACGAUGUGUGAGUACAGGUUUUUUUCAAUAUGUUCUGCCUAAAACGUUCUUUGCGAUAUGCACUACCUAGCGACCAGCGCAGUAGCCUCGAUCACGCUGAUGUCUUUACUCCCUGCCGCGGACUGCGUUUCGGCGACUUCUUCGGCCUAUGUGUAACAGUAUAAAGGCAUAUCGAGCAGUCGCUCGAUCAGGCAUCAACAUCCGCCGCCUUAGCUUCAGCCGACAGCUGAUGCCCAUCAGAUGCUGUUUGUUUCCACAAAACAAGAACCCGAGGAAGCCCAGAUGAUCUACGCGUAUAGAAGCUGUUUAUUUAAAAAAUAUUCAGAGCUCAUACAAGGUCGAGCAAAAGAAAAUCCUGUUGAUGGAAUUUAACUUCUUAAUCAAUGCUCACUAUCAAGCUCAUCAAUGCGAUAAUUGGGUAUGCACAUGGAAGAUAACGCAGCAGUUCAGGUAUGACUUCGAACGGAGUUAUUGGUGCCAUGUGCAAAAAAAACCGAUUCCGUAGCAGUUCAGUUAUCACGUCGCCAGAGAACCGGAUAAAUCAAAAGCUCAUCAUGCAUGGGAUGUCAUUUCACUGGGGUUUCGGAGAAACCAUAUUAUUUGAAGGAUGGAAGACUACAGACGUAGGUGGAAUAGUCGGUUCGAUGGUGGGUGUCAUCUUACUGGGUAUGAUUUAUGAAGCACUGAAAAACUAUAGGGAAUACCUCAAUGUCAGUAAUGCAGUACACAACCCGAAGGAAGCAUUAUCAAGAAAUGAGGCGAUGUUUUCACUUAUACAUGUAGUGCAAACGCUUCUUCAAGGAAUUCAGAUUAUCGUUGGUUACUUCCUCAUGUUUAUAUUCAUGACGUACAAUACUUAUCUGUGCAUCGCUGUCGUGGCUGGCUCAAUGCUGGGCUACUUUUUGUUCGCUUGGAAAAAUUCGAAAUGCGACAUUAGCGAAUGCUGCUCGUAAUACGAUCUGUAAUUUUGAUACUCUUGGAUGUAAAUUUUUUGGACAAACUUUCAAGACUUUUUUACUGCUAUAUUCUCGAUCUCGAUGAAUGUUUGAAGUCGACAUUUUAUGUUCUCUCGUCCGAAGCUAGUAGAAAGGGUAACGACUAACAAGACAAAUAGAGUCGUAUGAAUAUAUAGUAUUGCUAAUAGUCAUUUUAAGGCGAUAUAAUAAUUAUUUUAUAUAGGAUUUAAUUAGUUGUAGGUGCAGUUUGUGCAUCAUUGUUUGUUAUUAGUUGUAAUUGUGUGCAUUUAUUACUUUUGAUUAUUGUUGUUUAAUGAUUGUUAAUAAAUUUGUAAAAACUUGCUGCAAAAAUCGUAA